AUGCCGUCCUUGAGGAUACGCGACAGAAGCUCUCGGGGCCAAAGUUCCAAGAGCGAUGCUCUCAAGGCAGGACAGAAUUUGCACAUGCUGGGAAAUAGUGCGGAAAAUGUCGCACAACCCAGCCACUUCUCUCAUCUCGCGAACCCGGACGCUUCCAGUCCAUCCGGGGCAGACUUCUCGACGGUCGUGCCGAAUACAGAGGAUUGCCUUGAACCUGGGGCCCGUGGAACACCCCCGGCUGCAAAUACCACACCGCCAGAAAUCUUACUCCAGAUCUACUCUAUGCUUGCGCCCCGAGAUUUUGAUAAUGCGCGACGCACGUGUUCGCAGUGGAUGCGCGUCAGUUUGAAUCGGGAUGUGUUAGAGAUUAUGCUAAAGCGAGCCGGGUGGUGGGAUGCAUACCGACAAGAUGUCGAAAAACAACGAACUCGACGCCGACCGUCAAGCGAUGAAAGUGACGUGUGGAGAAUGAGCAGACGUUUCGCAACCGAAUGCUUGCUGGCGGGCCGCAAAGCGAAUAUCGAAAGGCCCGGAUUCGUGAGGACGGAAACCAUUGACUUUUCUCGAUUGGCCCCUGGACCGUCUCAAAAAAAGCCCCGGCGAGCCAUUUCUACUGCCCGAGAUGAAAAGUCGCGAUCAACAUCCACAUUUAGCACCAGCAGUUGUGGCAACUACGUCCUGGUGACAACCGGCUGCAGGAUAUACGUUUUUCGGCUCCUCUCGAAUAGAUCUGCAUUGGCACAUUCAGCAGAGCUGGGAGAUGCCAAUCUAGCUCCGAUUACCAGUAUUGAAUGCCCAUUUCCGGUCCUAUCCGCCAUUCUAGAUACCAGCAAGCCUCAGUUCAUCAUUGCAGCAUUGCUGGGGAAUCGGGUUGGUAUGGUAUGCGAUCUCGAUAUACUCGACAACACUUCGGCCACUGCUGGUUCAGUAAAGAAGAAUCUUUCCCAAAACAUGUCGAGAAGCUGUCACACUUCUCCACAUUACUACUACAACGUCUGUUCAGAAGAUCACCCACCACGAACGAUCGCUCUGUAUCCGGGACGUCGAUGUGUCGCCUUCGGCUGUGCAGGUGGGAUCGAGAUCCAUUGGGUCGAUCAAGUAACAAAGCAAGACCACCGACGACAUUUCCCAAUGUCGCAACCUUCAGAAACCCUCCACUUCCUCCCCAACACCCCUGACGCCCCCUCGGAAAUGCGCCUCAUUUCCUCCCUGGCUGGACCUGGAAAACACGAGUGCGCAUGCCGACAAUCGCCGCAUCCAGAUCAUCCUAAGAACUGUCAAUUCAAUAUCCUCGCCGACUUUCGGUCCUUUGGUCGUAGAGGUCCCUCCAAUACGUCCUCGCUCAGUCUUGUCAGGGCUACACACUGCCAUCACUAUCGUGCCGUUCCUAUCAACGACGGGUACCAUAUCAUCUUCGUGGAGCCCCGGACCGGUUUCCUUUGUAUUGGCUCCGACUCACCAAUAGGCGGUCCAACGAGUCUGACAAGAGCCUUCGUCUGUGUCCCCCCUUUUGAAAAGGAUCUGCCAGAUAAUACAAAAGAAGCUCGCAGCCCGACGGUUUUCACAGUCGGCUCAGACUUGAAGUGGGGGCUGCGUGUGGUCGCUGCCUAUCAAGACAGGAUCAUACUAUACUCGGUUCCUCUGGAUGUGUUCAACGUCAUACGAAAAGAGCGCGAGCGCCAAGGAGAAGGUGUAAUGGGUGACAGCGAUCUUGCACGCGACUGGUUUGUUGACUCGGAGCACUUUCGCAAGCGGCGAGAAAGCCUGGUGCAGAAUCAGAAUGGCGAUUGGGAGUUCCUCUUGAGUGUGACCUAUCGUCCCACUACGAUGAUGUGGCCCUUCAAGAUUUACGGAAAGGAGAUCGGGAGAGUCGAUAAUAUUGUCGAGUUGGCACUGCAGUCGGAGAACGGUGGUGCGCGCGUGUGGGCUUUCGAUAGCCAUGGCAAGGCGAAUGUGUUCGACAUCGACACAUACACGACAAAUCCCCGCGGGGUCAAUGACAGCCCUUGCAGAUUGGUCACUGUCGGCUCAGAUGGAAGCCUUGAAUCCGCUCGACUGGUUGAUCGCUCGGAGCUCGAUGGCCAGUCCUUUCGCAAAUCCCGCAAGCGCAAAGCUUCACAGCUGCGUGAAGAAUUUCUUGGCCAAUACGGUGUGAGUCGCUUCGUGCCCGACAUGACUUUGAGGGGUCUUGAGCCCAUGAAGGCCGAUUCGACAGCGAUCGAGAAGGAUGAUUCAUCAAUUCGGCGCCCUUCGUUUGCAGCUUGCAUUGUGGAUUUCAAAAUACCGGAGCUUGGGACGAGGAAUGGUCGGUGGCGAGAUGAUACCUGUGCAUCUUGA